AUGUCGUCUUCGGGUACACGACCGCCAGCCCGUCGAGGACCCUCAGGUGCCUGGGGUCGACUGCGGCAGCCACAGAUUGAUCCUCUCGAAGUCUAUGGUCUGCCCUCAAAAGGCGAGACGAGGUUGGCAGAUCUCAAGACACAAGAAACAUACUUCGAACGCAUCGUCGCCCGAUACAUGAAAUUCUGCGCCUCUCAUUCCAGCGGCGAGACUCUCGAAGCCGCUUUCCACAACCUCGACAUCAACUCUGCUUCCACCACUCCCGCACCAGCACCUCUCAAUGCAGCAAAACCUCAACAUCCAACUACUCAAGAGCCCCCACAAGAAAUGUCCAUGAUCCUCAUGGCAAUGCGCAAGCUUCGUGAAGCCCUCGUAUCCUGCCAUCGCGUCGACGCCUUCGCUCAAAGAGUCUACACUUUCCAGAUCCGUGCUGCAAUUCUUUGCCGACAUCUCGAGACAUAUCAUCCUGCACUACAGUAUCUGCUCUAUAAAAUUCAUCCACGGACACCACUGUCGAGACCGGAGUUGCAAGAAUUUGCGAGUUACCUGAUCUUGGAUCUUGCGUGCAGGCAAGGUGAGUUUGUAGACGCAUACCGGUUGAGAAAGGGCUAUGGAAUAAGAGAUCGCAAAGUGGAUGCCGUGUUGAAGGCGUUGGUUCAUGAUGAUUGGGUGCUGUUCUGGCGAACGAGGAGGUCGGUUGACGGCUAUCAAAGGUGUUUGAUGAGUUGGGCUGAAGAUGGCAUGCGGUUGCAUGCUUUGAAGUGCCUGGGUAGGAGUUAUAUGAUGGUGGGUAAAGCGUUUGUGGAGAGGAGUGCUGAGAGAAGUUGGGAUGAAUUGGUCGAGAGGGACAAGGUUGGAUGGGUCUUGAGGGAGGAUGGUGUGGUGGUUAUCAGGAAACCAAAGGGCACUUGA